CAGCGAGCGGAGCCGGGCAGAGCACAGAAACGAGCCAGGGCUGACAGUUUAAAAGAAAACCCCCAAAACAGGACACAAUAUGUUACAGAGGGCCGCCUCAAAUGUCUCAGACAAACCAAAAAACAGCAAACCAAAGCGCUCCACUAGUUUUGGUCGGUUUGAGGGGCUCAGGACUCAACCAUCUCCAGCCAAAGCAAAUGAACAUGGAAUUAAAAUGGUUACAGAGGAGAGUGAGACUUUGGACCAAAGCAAACCAGCUGGACUUGGCAAGAAAAUGAAGGUUAUUUCUUUGACGAUGCGCAGGAGGAUGGGCAAAAAGCAUGCCAAAUCCUUCACAGUGGAAACUGGGGAGGACAUAGACCAUGACCCCGAGGGGGAAACAGACAGUGGACCACCAGAAGAAAAAGGCUCUGCAAAGACCAGAAGCUCCUUAGAGAGCCUGUACAGCGGCCAGAGCUCCUACAGCGGUGUGAUCGGUGAGUAUAAUGGUUCGAGUCAGAGGGACAGUCUGAGACUGGAGGAGGACGGUUCAUACAAUGGAAAGUUCUGCGGCAGAGCCCGUGUGCACACAGACUUUGUCCCCAGCCCGUAUGACACAGACUCCCUCAAACUCAAGGUGGGUGACAUUAUCAAUAUUAUCAGCAAGCCUCCCAUGGGCAUCUGGAUGGGCAUGCUGAACAACAAAGUAGGCAACUUCAAGUUCAUCUACGUAGAUGUUCUAGUUGAGAAGACACAAGAGGAGGAGGCCCCAAAAAUCCGACAGCAGAAGCUGUGCAAAAGACCUCGGCCCAAAACACUGCUGGAGCUACUGGAGCGCUUGCACCUCGAGGAAUAUGCCUCAGCCUUGCUCCUAAAUGGCUACCAGACAGUGGAGGACCUGAUGCACCUGCAGGAGAAACACCUGGUGGAACUGAAUGUCAAAGACCCCGAGCACAGACGCAGACUGCUUGCUGCUGCUGACUACCGUUACAUAGAGGGUGAUGAUGUCAGGGAGGCGGAGGAGAGCAAACCCAGCCAAAGUGUGCAGGAGGAGGACAGCGACUGUCUGAGGGACUCGGGCUGCUUCAUCCCAUCUGAAUGUUCAGACAAUACCAAAGAGGAAGACACUGUUGAGACUUAAUAUCUUGUUUCGCUCCCUUAUAUGGAUACCUUGAUACCCAGAUGGUUAUUUUUGCUUAACAAUUUGUUUUUUUUUUCUGAAAUGGUUUGUAGGUUUUGUUUUUUCUUUAUGUUUACUCUAAAAUGGCCUGCGAGCAUUACUUAUUCAUCAGUGGGGCUCAGGCAGUUGGCAAGCAAGUGUAACAUAGAAAGUUUUCACUUGACAUGUCAAACCAUCCGAUGUGGGAAAAAAAUGUAAGAAACAAUGGUAAGGUAUACAUUUAACAUAUUACCAGUAGUUUUGAGUGUAAUCACUGCAUAUGCUUUGAUGAAUUAGGUUAUUAUCACCUGCAUCUGGUUGACAAAAUCAGAUUUUGCUGUUCAAUCAUCACUUGUAUUUAUUAUCCUCUCAAUCGUUUAUUGUUUGUUGAAUAUAAAGCCUUUAUUUAUCUUAAGUACCUUUUUGACAUGUCUCUUUUACUUACAGCUGAUCUCACUUCAACAACCAGCAUCAGCAUUUUUUUCUUCACAAAUGUAAAUAAUGUGACUGUUUGCUUGAACUAAAACAGGAACACUUGUCUGAUGACAAGCUUUGUUGAUGAAUGUGUAAUUCAUCAAGACAUUCCAUUCCAUUCCAUUAUCCAAGCCAAUUAUCCCAACUGGGGUCACGGGAUGUUGGAGCCUAUCCCAGCAAGCAUUGGGCGGCAGGUCGGGAGACACCCUGGACAGGCCACCAGUCCAUCACAGGGCUCAUCAAGACAUCACAGUAUUAUUUUUGAAUGGGCCAUUGUGUGUAUGUGUGCGUGCACACGUGUGAGUGGAUGACAGCAUUUCCAUGUGUUUUGUUUUUUUUUCUCCACAAACAUACAAUUAAAUAAAUAAAUAUUGCCGAUACUCAA